AUGUGUGUAAGGACCAUCAAGUACCCAGCAGACAACAUUCCCAAAGAACGGACACAUAACUUGACACUUCAACAAAUGGCUCAAGCUGCAUCAUCUGGAACAUGCAUCAGUGGUAUCAAAGGGCCGUCUCCUCUGAUCAGCCUGAGACACUUUGAUAUAAUUUAGGGUUUUACUCCGUUGCUUGGUGUGACUCGGCAGCUCACUGAUCUGUGGCUACCAGAUGUCAAUGAGCCAUAUUAUAUUGGGACACCACAGGUUUUUGAAGUGCUGGACAACCGCCUCCAAAGUCUAAAGCCACCACUCUGCUUUAUUCGCCUUCAGCGUUCUUUGGCUUUGAGAAAGUAUUGGAAAGCCACAGAAUGGCAGCAGUGGCUUUUGUAUUUUUCACUUCCAUGCCUUCAGGGAAUUUUCCCAUCAGAAUAUUUGAAACACUUCUCACUUUUUGCAAAAGGCAUUUGCCUCUUGCUGAAGGACUGUGUGUCUUCAAGAGAUGUCACAGAAAGCACACAUUGCCUUGCGAGAUUUGUUGUAGACACACAGUUUCUGUACAGGAAGAAGCACAUGACUUUUAAUAUGCAUCAAAUUAUGCACUUGACAAGAAGUGUAGUUCUUCAGGGACCACUUUGGGCACAUUCGUGCUUUGCAUUUGAAACCAACCUUGGUAAGCUGAAAGAGCUAGUGACAUCAGCCAAAGGUGCUUCAUUGCAAAUUGUGGAACGCUUGCUGAUGAGUAGCAGCAGCAAAAAACUGAAAGCAUUGGCCACCAUGCAAACACAGAACUUCAUGUCAAAAGCUAAGAAAGCCUCAUGCAAGAACACGGUGCUGCAGUUAGGUAAACCACGAGAACUGCAUGAACCAGUCCUUGGCUUUGUUAAGUCUAAGCUUCAUGACCGUAGAGGCUUGGGCUAG